AUGACGGUCGCACUCCCUUUCUCCCGGCCAAUGGCCAAGCAGCUGCUGGCCAGGUCUGCUCGAUCCCUCACGCGACCCGUAUCGGCCAACCCUCUUCUACGCUUAACCUGCAAUUGCAAUUCAAACGACGACCACUCGAGCUCUCAGAUCCGGGCCAGGAGGUUCGCAUCACUCUUCCAGCAAGCUAGAACAUACGCCACAGCGUCUGCAAAGCCUGCAAGCCGCCCAAAACAACACACAGGUCGCACUCCCACGAAACGCAAUACAUCAACCACCAAAAAGGCCGCUCCAGCAAAGAAGCGGCCUGCUAGGAAAGCCAAAAAGACAGCAGCAACCAAGGCAAAACCAAAGGGGAGAAAGCCUCUUAGCAAAAGCGCCCUUGUGCAGAAAGCACGUAAAGCGCAAGCGGAUCUCAAAACUGCGGCUCUGUUGCAAGAGCCUAAAAAACUUCCAGCGACGCCCUGGCUCCUCGUGCUUGCAGAAGAGGCCAAAAAAGGGGGAAGACCAGCCACUGCUGUGUCUCCAGCGGCAGCUGAGAAGCUCAGGAACCUUACAUUAGAAGAGCGUGAGCAAUACAACCACGAAGCCAACGAGAACAAAGCCGAAAAUGAGCGGGCUUACAAAAAAUGGGUCCAGAGUCAUUCACCACUGGAGAUCAGAUUGGCAAACAAUGCUCGACGUCAAUUGACCAAAAAGGCAAAAGCAGCUGGAAAGAAGAAACAUUACAGGCCUAUACAAGAUGACCGCAGCGUCCGUCGCCCUGGGACCGCCUACCUGUUUUUCCUCAAAGCGAGGAAUGAUUCAGGCGACCUUCGGGGCAUGACUGUGAGUGAGCGCGGCAAAUUGGUAGGACAAGAGUGGAAGAAUCUAUCUUCAUCAGAAAAGAAGACUUACGAAGAUCAAGCUCAAGCCGACAAGAAUCGAUAUCUGGAGGAAUAUAAAACUGUUUAUGGCGAGGAUGCUCCCUUGACCAAGAAGAAGAAGAGUGGUUAA